GAUUUUCUAUGACACAGCUGGGACUGUAACGGGGUAAUGUUACUUACUGUGAUGCUAAGUCUAGUGUCUAAUGCUUGUUUCGAAAGGUGUGGUGUUUGUUUCUGAUUGUGAUUCAUAUUAUUGAUACAUGUUCAGGAUUUUAUAUCAGGACUGAUUAUUUUGUUAUGUAUCGUCGCUUGUUGGUUUAUAUAAUUUUUUUUUUUUUUGGUGGUAGGCUGGAUUGUUUUGUUUCUUGCAGCUCGCUCUUUUAUAUGAAUGUUUAAGGUAUCUAAUCUAUCUAGCCUCGGAACUUCGAAGAAUCUACAAUGGAGGAGAAGAUAGACGUUGCAGACAGAACGGUGCUGGUUGAUAUUGUAAAAUUGGUACAAAAAAGAAGAAUGCAGGGUGCGCUGGGAGACUGGAAAAACUUCUUAAUGAGUCAUGAUAAAAAGUUUGGGUCUAAUCUGAGUGAUCCAGCAAAGAGGUCCCGUGAGACAUUGGUUGCAUUUCUAAAGACGUUUUCGAAGGAGGGUGAUUUAAAGAUAUUUGAUACCAUCCUGCGACGCUAUUCUAAUAAAGAUUUAUUUGGGUUAUUCAAAGAUAAGUCUUGUGACAUCCCUGAGCAGAGGCUCGUCCAAAACACUUUGCAGCACCCAUCGUAUCCAUUGGAUUAUGCAUUUGAAGAACUUGAUGAGGACUGGGUGGUUAUAAACCUUAGGAAAAAAAACAUGUUGCUGAAAUCUACCAAGAUGGUUGCUAUUGAUUGUGAAAUGGUUCUCUGUGAGGAUGGGACUGAAGCAGUAGUGAGUCUCUGUGUGGUUGACCGCAAUUUGAAGGUUAUACUGAAAAAACUUGUACGCCCAAACAAAGCAAUUGCUGACUACAGAUCAGGGAUUACUGGUGUCUGUCCUCAGGAUCUUGAAGGUGUCACUUGCUCAUUGGCUAACAUACAGAAUUCCUUGAGAAUGAUGUUACUGGAUGGAACAAUAUUAGUGGGACAUAGUUUGCAUAAUGAUUUACGUGCACUGAAGCUAGAUUAUGUUAGAGUGAUUGAUACUUCAUAUAUCUUCCAAUACUCUGAUGGCAAUAUUCUCAGGAGACCUUCUUUGAAUGCUUUAUGUAAGGCUGUGUUAGGCUACGAACUUAGGCAAACAGGUGCUCCGCAUAAUUGUGUUGAUGAUGCAAUGGCGGCAAUGAAACUUGUUCUUGCUAAGAUAGAGCGUGGUGUGGAUAAUGCGAUUCCCUUGGCUCAAGAGCCCGUUCAGGUUCCUCAAAGCGAAAUGGCUAAACUUCUUCUUCACAAGAUAUCAUCUGGGGUUACUAGUGAAGAACUGUAUAAAAUUGUUCCUGGGGACUUCAUUUUAGAACUGAGGCCGCCUAAAGGGAACAAAUAUUCUGCCCUCGCCAUCUUCAAGAAUCCGCAAGAGGCCCAUGAGGCCUUUGAAAGUCUCCAAGGCAACCAAGAAAAGGAUUCAUUUGGACGUCCACAGAAACAUGUCACAUUCAAACUCAAGGCAGGUGUAAAUGCCAGUAUAUUUGUUCGGAAAAUGGCACCUGAUGGCCCCAAUGACUCUAAGAGAGCUUUAGAAGCGGACGAAACAACAGUGUUGAAGAAAGCAAAGAUGGAUCCCGAAAUUGAAGGGAGAGUCUCAAAGAAAACAAAGAUGGAUCCAGAAAUUAAAGGGAGAGUGUCGAAGAAAGCAAAGAUGGAUCCUGAAAUUGAAGUGAAUGCCACGGCCAUCUCUAAUAAGUGCGACUGCGACACCCACUUGAAUGAGAUUGAAGCACUAAACCAACGGCUGAAAGAAAAUGAUUUGGAGAUUGAAUCGCUGAAGCAACAGUUGAAACAAAAGGAUUGUGAAAUCUCCAUAUUGAAUAAAAUGGUAUCUUCCUUGAACAAGAAAUUAAGGAAAUGAUACGGCCUUCAGGUGAAACUUAUGGUUUGCUUAAAAUUAUUUGGAAGAUGCUCUGAUCUUUAACACAGGGAUCACCAAAUGUGGGUUUCAGAAAACAUGCGGGUUCUGCCCGUGAAAUUUUGGGAUUGAGGUUUUGUUGUACUCUAACACCGUAUUUUUUAUUUAAUUGCGAUUCUGAUUUAUGGCUUUGACACGUGUAAAUGGAAUAUGAGACUAUAGCCUUGACCAUAUCGAGAACAAAGCAUCCUUCCAAUC